AGAUCUAGAUCGAGAUCGACAUUCAUAUUUCAUUAAUUGCAAAAACAUUUAAAUUUUUUAAGAUGGCAAAGUUAAAGAGGACAACGAUUACAAACAUUACCUUUGUGUCUGAGGUAGAAGUAACACGGGCAUGUAAGAUAGAUGUCUUAAAAUAUUUGGUUGAUAACAAAUCACAUGACACGUAUCAUUGGGAUCAGUUACCUAAUGAGAUUACAUUAAAAGUAUUCUCUUACCUAGACACAAUCGAAUUGUUAAGGAUGGCAACUGUGUGCACGUCUUGGAGGGAUUUGAUCCACACUACGCCCAGUUUAUGGCGAAACAUUCACCUGGUGUUAUCCUGUAAUUGGAAAUCACAGAAAAACAAAAAAACUUUUUUGUGCGCGCAACAAUUUGGAAUGAACUUCCGGAAAUUAUCUGUCUCGUGCUCUCACGAUCAUAAAACUGGCAUUUGCAGAUUUUUGGCCAUCGACUUCCGGAAACUUUUACUCAGCCUGCAUCAAACGAGUCUAACGUCGAUAAAAAUAACUGACCUGCAGCUUCAAGGCGCGUUGAUGAGUACUGUAAAAAACAUUACACAGUCUCUAACUCGUAUUUUAUCCAGGUCUGACAGACUACAGUCCUUUAAAAUGUCGUCCGCGCAGUUUACAUUUGAAGAAGGCAUCACGGUUCUGGACACUGUCUUUUCUGUGUCCAGGGGAACUUUAGAGACUUUCUACAUCGAUAUUUUUUUUCGAGAGCCCUUGCUGGGUUACCUUUGGAAUGAACAGGACAAACUGACCAAUGGCAUCCUUUCUCUCACCCGCUUGACAAAACUAGGGAUCGACUACCGACAUUUGACUGAUGAUUUUUUGACGGCUCUGUCUAGAUCUCAUGCCGGGCAGCUGAAGAUACUAAAAAUUGUGGCGCAACAUUUGCAUAAUGAUUUUUAUAAUUAUCAAGUUAAGCUGGCGACGAACUCUUGGUUGACUUUGACAGGAUCUUGUCCUGAGCUGAAAUUGGCGUUCAUGAUAGACGGAUAUACCUUAGCACUUAUCGGUUCCUUGAUGAAGAUAUUGGAUCAGGUUAUGCCCAUCUACAAGAUAAAGCUGAUGCUUGAGUUGGGAUAUUAUGACGAUUUAAAUAGCUCACGCUUCAAGAAUGUGCUCAAUGAAAUCACAGCUAACUUCAGAAAUACUCUGGUCAAGCUUGAAAUAGAACAUUCGCGCAGAACCGGCAAAAUUGAUGCAGCUUUUCUAGAUCUUGUCCGAAAUUGUCAACGUCUGACGUACAUAAAGGCCACCGCCUACUUCUCUGACCCGGAGACUGAGAGGAUUGCCCUGGAGCUGGUACAAGCCAGAAGACGCCAGCAAGAGAUGAGCGAGUCCCAGGAAUUGCCCAACAAGCGGGCGAAACUAACCCGGGCCGACGGUCCAGGUUCUGAUCCCGCGUAGGCCACAGCACCGCUAAACCGUCCUUAGAACCAGAACUGACGAGGGUACGCUUAGCGUCCGGACAGGUGAACGAUGGUUUCUGACUCACCUAAAGACACACCUGACACACUUUUAAGGGGAUUGUUACAGAUAAUGACAUCUUUUCUACAUUACUAAAAAUACAUAUUUAAAAGAAAAAAAAUCAAAACAAA